AUACCAUGGCCUGUCUUUCCUCCAAGUCCCUUAUCUCCCAGCGAUAUCGAUCAGACACGUGUUGGAGCAUUCCUAUUGUCUCGAUUCCAUUCUGGGGACAAGACACCCAAAGAACGGCUACGUAAUGCCCUUAUGGUAUGGCAUCCUGACAAAUUCCAGGCCAGAUGGCUCAAAUUCGUGAGCCCAAAAGAACAGGCUGUGGUUACUGAAGGGGUGAACGCCGUCGCUCGUGCCAUUAACGACUUGUUAGCCGCCAAGCGGUAA